AGUAACGGACACUUUGUGUCAUUGUGUUUGCAGGAGAGAAAAAUGGAGAAGGGUCCAGUUUGUGUAACAGGCGGAACUGGAUUUGUUGCCUCAUGGCUUGUUAUGAGGCUUCUGCAACAUGGUUACACUGUUCGAACUACGGUUAGACCUGACCCAGAAUGCAAGAGAGACCUCAGCUUCCUCACAAGCCUGCCAAGAGCAUCAGAGAAUCUCCAAAUCUUCAAUGCAGAUCUCAACCAACCAGACAGCUUCAAUGAUGCAAUUGAAGGAUGCAUAGGGGUCUUCCAUGUUGCUCACCCCAUGCCUACCAAAGAACUUGAUGAAGAAGUAGUGACCAAAAAAGCUGUCCAAGGAGCCCUAGGCAUAUUGAAAGCCUGCCUAAACUCCAAGACUGUGAAGAGGGUUGUGUACACUUCUAGUGCAUCAGCUGUGGCUUACAGUGGCGGCAGCCAAGACUUGGUGGAUGAGAGCUCAUGGAGUGAUAUUGAAUUUCAUAGGUCUCUUAAAAUAUUUGGGACUUCAUAUGUUGCUGCCAAGACCAAAACAGAGCAAGCUAUCCUGGAAUUUGCAGAGAAAAGUGGAUUGGAAGUUGUCACUUUGAUCCCUCCAUUAGUUGUUGGUGGAUUUAUCUGCAAAAACUUCCCUAGUUCAGUUUACUUGGCCCUGGCCAUGAUUUUAGGAAAUCAAGAUCACUAUAGAUAUCUUAUCAGGCCAAGUUUAGUACAUGUAGAUGAUUUGGUUAGUGCCCAUAUCUUUCUUUUUGAAAAUUCUGAUGCAAAGGGGAGGUACAUUUGUUCAUCAAAUCAGGUACCCAUAGAUGAAAUGUCCCAAUUUCUGUCUGCAAAAUACCCUGAUUUUCCCAUACCCACAACUGAUUUCUUGAAGGGCAUUGAAGGUUUCAAAUCAUGUGGCUUCUCAUCACAAAAGCUCCUGAGUUCUGGAUUCAAGUUUAAGCAUGGACUCGAUGACAUGUUUGGUGAUGCAAUUCAAUCUUGUAGAGAAAAGGGUUUUCUUUAAUCGAAUUCGCUAAUUAGCAUGACCCUUUGUUUAGGGUUAAGAUCAUCUCCCUUUGAAAAUCUA